CCACUGCAAGCUACUGCAAGUUUUAUUUAACCUAAUUCAUAUUCUCUCUCUAACUUUCUCUCUCUACACGUAUUGUUUAUAGCUGUGGAGUUUGAGCUGUUUUUUCAGGUGGUUUCAAGGAGUUGUGAUUAGAUCUACUGGUUUCUGCCACUAAAGGAAAAUAAACGGAUGGUUGCUCCGGACACAGAAAUCAUGUCGCCCGGGGAAGUCGAGUCGCCAAUGCAAUCGGACCAACACCAAGCUAGGAAUAAUGUUCAUAAUAGUACACUGGUUCCGCCUCAACUCGGCCGCCAAUCGUCAAUCUAUUCCCUUACUUUAGAUGAAUUUCAACAUACUCUUAACGAGAGCGGAAAGAAUUUCGGGUCGAUGAAUAUGGACGAGUUUCUGAACAGCAUUUGGACCGCUGAGGAAAACCAGGCCCACACUCAAGCCCACCCUCCCACGGCCGCCACCAUUGGUGGUGGUAUCUCCACUUCCGCCGCGAUGGCCACUAACGGUGCUAGUAGUAGUGGGCAGUUUUUGAUGGGAAUCAACGCGAAUUCGGCUGAACCGAAUAUGAUUGCUAGGCAAGUAAGUUUAUCUAGACAAGGGUCGUUGACUCUCCCGGGCCCGUUAUCUAGGAAAACAGUCGAUGAGGUUUGGUCCGAAAUUCAAAAAACUCGACAAGAUCACCAACAGCCAAGCAAUGACAAUAACUCGUGUAAUGAACAAGUUCCCGGUGCCCAACGCCAACCGACUUAUGGAGAAAUGACCCUCGAGGAUUUCUUAGUGAAGGCAGGGGUUGUUCGGGAACAAAAUCAUCCGAAUGCUCCUCCUGUUCCACAGCAAGUUCCGGCUUCUUUUGGGCUGUACCCCACAAAUGGAAACAAUCGGAUUAUCGGACCUCCACCGAGCUCGGCCCACAUGGUAAGGCCCAUGUUAGGCCUUAGUACAGGUGGCGGUGCAAGUGUUAUCCCACCAUAUUCACCCCUAAUCAGGGAGACACCGGGUUAUCCCGGAGGAAAACGAGCAGGCAAUUAUCAACAACAGCCGCCUCCAUACGGUGGCAUUGGGGGUAAUGCAGGUGGUGUUGCUGGUGGUUAUGGACAGGGGCUCGGGAUUGGAUCACCACCGAGUCCAGUAUCUUCUGAUGGAAUUGCUACCACUCAGCUCGAUAGUGGGAAUCAGUAUGCGCUGGAAAUGGGAGGCAUAAGAGGCGGACGAAAACGGAUAAUUGACGGUCCAGUUGAGAAAGUUGUGGAGAGGCGCCAACGAAGGAUGAUAAAAAACCGCGAGUCUGCUGCAAGAUCUCGGGCUAGAAAACAGGCUUACACCGUGGAACUGGAGGCCGAAUUGAACAUGCUAAAAGAGGAGAAUGCUCAACUCAAGCAAGCUCUGGCAGAAAUUGAGAGAAAAAGAAAACAACAGUUUUCGGAAGAAAUAAGGAUGAAAGGUGUGACAAAGUGUCAAAAAGUGAGAGACAAGUCAAGGAUGUUAAGGAGGACUUCAAGUUGUCCAACCUGAUUGCCAGUCAAAUAGACAUCCAGUAACGGUUUUUUGUAUUUCGUGCAAACUUGAAUAACAGAUGACAUAUUAUAUUAUAUAUAGGUGGUUUGGUUCUUUGUUGUAUGAGAAAACUGAGGGAUGCAAGCACGCUGGCUAGUCGGGAUCACCGGGAAAGUGAUCGACGAUGCGUCGAUCUGGUCGGUCGAAUUGUCCCGUAAAAGCCUUGGCGGCUGCUUGUCUUCGUAUCUCGUGUGAAUUAUAGUCAUUAUAGAUUUGAUCUUGCAUGUAAAUUUGCAUUUUUUAACCAAGUUGGAACAGGGUAUGCAAAAGUUUCUUUCAUAACAAAGCUUAUAUGU